AUAUUCAGGCAGCUUUGCCUCACCCAGAAUGUCGGGGUCGCCGUUGGCGACAAAAAACUGCCCGAGUUGGUCGUCGGAGGUUUCUUAAGUUAAGCCGGCGAACUUCGUUAAGGAUGUUAGCAUUCCUCAUGCUCGCAACCCCACCUUUCCACGCCGUGGUACCACCAUGUCCACCACGUUCCACAUUCAGCCAGCUUCACGUUGCGCACAAUUUGAAGCAAUAGGACUUUCUACAAAGCCUGCGAAGUCGUUGACGGGGAAUGUUGAAAACGAGCCGGCCGCCGAGAAGAGCUUCAUCUGCCAUUUAUGUGGAACGAGCUUUAUGCGAAAGGAGAGUCUCCUGGAUCAUCUCAAAGGUCCGCAACACGACAACGUAAAGCCUUACGCGUGCGCAGACUGCAAAAAGGCAUAUACUCGACGAAGCGACCUCAAGCGCCAUGAAAGAGAAGUCCACAGGGGGACCAAAUUUGUGUGCAACGUGCUUGCCUUGGGGGAACGACGAGGUUGCGGCAAGCGAUUCAGCAGGGCUUUGACUCUCAAAUCACACCAAGACCAUUGCAGAGCAUUGCAAAGCGCGCUCGCCAAUGCACACGCUCCCAACUGGUCCCGAAUGGCUUGGCCGACAAAUGUCGAACUGCUUUUGAGAGACGAAACGGCGAGAAUACUCGCCGAAGCCAAGUCAUUAGGCGCGAAAGAACUGGAAUGUAGGAUAUGUCAUGCACAACGACUGCCAAAUCAUGUCGGCUCCUUUGUUCGUCAUCUUAUCGACCAUCUCGAGAGCAUCCUGUUUGGCGCGUACCAAUGUGAACUGUGUGGGUUGUCCUUUGGCUGGGACCUGCAUCUGCAGAAGCACCAAGAGGUUUGUGCCGGAUAUCGUGGACCGGCAGCGGGCUGUCAGAUCUCUGUAAACGGCUUUGAAAGAAGCUGCGCUGUGCAUGGGGCGGACGCCACUCUUUUGGAAGAUGUUCUUGCCGGCCGACGAGGUUCAUCGUGUGUCUUGAUCUGUGAACAGACCUUUCAGCAACUGAAAGUUCAGAUUACCUCGCAACUGGAGCAGUCGCUAGGCCAGAUCAUCAAAUACGAACCGCGCAAGCCACUAGAGUACCUUGAAGCUGUUCGAGAACGGUUGCGACAAUUGGAUCCAUUGUACUCCUUGGCGCCCCACGAGUCACUCCUCGACGGUUACGAUACAAACAAUCAAGCUUCUACGAAAGCGAAUCCAGACAUGUGCAGGGACGAUUUCGACACAAUAUUUGCAUUAAGGAAAGAUAUAGAUGUAAUUUAAUGUUCGUCGUCGCCAUUUGUUCGUCACACAUCUUUUAGUGACAAGCCCGGGCGGAAAUGACGCUGCUUACCUUAGAAUGUUUUUAUCAAAAAGGCCCAUGAGUCUUCGAAGCCCCAGCCAACGGUCAAAGAAGAUAACUCGAAUACGGUGUUUUUGUUGCAGGAGUUAUUAUUAUCAAAUGAUAGCAAUCGACUUGCAAUCAUUCAGAUCAGAAUAGCCCCCGUCCAAACAUUUUGCAUUCGAAGUUGUAUCAAUGCUACGUCAUCUUGCAC